AUUCAAUCACCCAUGCGAGAUGCUAUUGGAUUCAUUCCAUUUCUUAUUUGUUAUCCGAUAUUAUAUAUACUAAAAUUUAUUUUAGCCAAAACACCAAAGACAGGCGCACGAACAAGUAUAUUUUGUGCAGUUGAACCAUCUCUACAACAUUCUCAUGAGUUAUAUUUUGAAGAUUGUGCUAUUGAAACAGUUUCAUCCUUAUGUAAAAAUGAUGCAAUAGCUGAUCGUCUAUGGAAAUUAAGUUGUGAAGCAGUUGGACUUUAA